CUUGACUCUAUUGAUUGUAGCAAAGACCAAGUGUGAGAACAUUAUGUGUAGUACCAAUAAGUAAAUUUUUUAGUGAUUUGCAUGAUAUAAAACAGACAUUGCCUCUUUAAUGCACACUUCAUCAUUGACUUAGUAAUCUGUUGAUAUGCGAUCUUGAUGGGUAAUAUCUUAUAUGUUUAGGGAACCGUUUGAAGAUGAAUGGAUACGUCACUCAUCGUUCAUUGUAGCUAAGCCCCAGAUUCAACCAAUGGACUUGGUGGCUCUGGAACUGCCUUCUAGCUCUAUGUACUGUUUCCUCUCUGUCUCCUGGGGAAUGUUCUCGGACAUCGAUGUAGAUACAGAACCAUGGAGAAAGAUUGGGGACAUAAGGUUCCUUCUAGGAGCUUUUCUCAAAAUUGGUGGUCUUAAGAAGUAUAGGGGAAGGCUGUCAUAUUUACCAUUGGAAGAAGUGGAAUCCACAAGUACUUCUAAGGGUAGUGAUAACAAAGGAGGAGGGGGAGACCAAAGAGGACCAAACCAAUCUAAUAAAGAUGAAUCAAACACAAUCACAUAUGAUAAAAACAAGGCUAUUGAUGAUCAGAACGAACACAUUGUUAAAGAGGAGGACAUUGGUGCUAAAGAGGCUGUCAGUAGCCCAAGUGACACUGGUAUCAGCCUGAAUGAUGAUGUGGUCUUGUGUGAUGCUGGGGAUACACCACACAGAAUGAUCCCCCUUGAUCUCCUGCCUGCUAUUGACCAGCCAGUCCCCAGCAGCUGGAAAUCUUAUGAAUUUGAGACAUAUUCAUUCAGUGCAUUAUUUCAAACACACCUCAACCAAAUGACUUAUGGAAUUCCUCAUGCGUCUUUGGAUGAUGGCAUCAUACACAUAUUCUAUAUUAAAACAUCAGGCAACAGACUCCACAUGUUAGAUAUUCUAAAAGAAAUAAGUGUGGAUAAUGGGACAUACUUGGAGAAUCCACAUAUUGAAUAUAUCAAGUGCCAGGCUUUCAGACUUGAGCCUCUAACAAAGAAAGGGUAUCUCUGUGUUGAUGGGGAGCUGGUUGAUUAUGGUCCAGUACAAGGACAGGUGAUGCCAUCUAUUUGUAAUGUGAUUGGAGGAUACAAGGAAACAAAUAACAUGUGAUUGGCCCAGUUAAUUAAAGCAUAGCAAUGGAAUUUGACAAUUGAGAAUUUGAGAAUAUUGUAUUCUUAUCUGAUACAAUGAUAUUGUGCCAUUUUUUUGCAUUAUAUUUUGCCAAACAAUGCAUAAUGUACAAAGAUCUAACUAAUAUUUUGCCAAAUAUCUCUGCUCUAAAAGAGAGUAUUGAAUUUAUAUAUUUAAUAUUAUAUUUUAUCUGAUUUUGGGAUAAUAAGGUAAAUACCCUAGACCAUACUUGUACAUGGAAUGAGGAAGUCUAUAAAUCUACUCAUCUUAUCCAUUGAAUGUUAUGAUGUUGUGGUACUGUUUUAUUUAAAAUUUUGAAAAUCCUUGUUUGUUUUGUUUAUAAUCCCAUCGAACUAAGUUCGGAGGGAUAUAGGGAACGCCUCCAUCUGUC